AGGGAGAGGCAGAGAGUUGAGGAGACAGGGGGAGAUGGGGGAAGAAGCAGGAAAGAGUCAAAGAAGGAAUCGGGGCACAGAGGAACUGGAACUCACUGGGUUCCCAGAGGUUAGGGGAACCCGGAUUCCUACGUGGUCUCAACCUUCCAGUUCUUCCUUAUUUUACCCCUGGGGCUUCAAAGAGGAGGAGGAGACAGCAGCAGGGAGAAGGAGCUGGGGUGGGUGGCCCAGUCAGGGCUCUUCUCCCCAUCCUCCUGAGACAUCCCCCACCCACCUUCCCAGGAUGCAACAAGAGGUGGAGACCCUGUGCUCCUCCACCAUGGGCAACCCCGGCAUGCUCAGGGAGGCAGGAGCCCUCCUUGUGGACCUAGAGACCCCAGAGAAGAUACAAGCCCGGAGCCCAGGCAGACCUGUCAAAUCCUCGAAGCAGUACCUACGUCAGGUCAUUGCAGAAUAUGAGGCGCUGGACCGAGAGCUCCCGUGCAUCCGGAAGUUCCCCACACCGCCCGCUGCCCAGCCUCUCUGUCUGUGCAUGGAGACCUCACCAGAGGAGGACCUUACCCACCUGGAGGUGCUGGAGGCUCUGGAGGCCGAGUUACCCGGCGCCAUGGAGAGCGGGCGCGUGAGCAGCAUCCGCUUUGAAAAUAUGAAUGUCAUCUGUGGGACUGCGGGGCGCCGGGACAGGUGGCUCAUCACGGUCACGGACUUCCAGACUCGCUCGCGCCUGCUGCGCUGCGGCAUCCGCCUCCGCGGGAACGCACACCCGCUGGUGCGCCACGACGAGCGGCUGGUGGCGGAUUACCGCCUGCACCUGCGCCGCUCCCUUGUCCGGCGGCGCAUGCUCGAGGCCCUGGGGGCGGAGCCGACCGAGGAAGACUAACACUUAGGGGGCGGGGCCCGGCUGCGCCUGUACACCGCCCAGCUGGCUCGGGCUACCCACCCGGAACCCCGGAGGGAAGGGGGCGUUGCCUCCCCAGGAAGGAGGCGGGGCCGGCUCGAGGGGGUGGAUACUGUGAGUUUAAUUAUAAAGAAUGACCUGGUACAAAAGCCAUUUCUCUCUGCAAAAUCUUGGUGGGGAGUCAGGGGGAGGGAGGUGAUGGGGGGUAGGGAUGAGCCCCCACAAUAUAAUCCCGCCUCCCUCAUCUUCCCCCAGUCCCUGCAAAUGGACGCCUGGGUCCCAAAUCCCUUGAAAGAUGAACCGAGGCUCGCGAGAGGGAAGACCCGGGCGCCGGGGCUUUCAACCCAUGCCGAUCCCUGUCUCAGAGAGAACCAGACGUCUUCAUCCGCCCCCCUCCUCUUUUCUCCUCCCACCCCCCCUUGGAAGACAAUUCUCGGGCUUUUAUUUCAGGUUGUUUUUUUUCUGGAUUUUUUUUUAUGUGUUCUAGGGUUUUUUUUGUUUUUUUUUUUUGUUUUUGUAUUUUCUUUUGUUAUUGUUCCUCUUUUUGCUUUAUCCUCUCCGCCCCGCGCUGCCCCC